AGCUGCAGUGUGUCAUUGGUAUACAAUGAACGGCUCCACUCCCUGCCGUCAUUAUGACGGCGAGAGUACGCACUCUUCGCCUGGGCAAAUGCCGGAAUCGGUUUGGGAUGAGAAGUGGCACAAUAUGGUCCUCCAUCAGAAAUUGAGAAAGGAGCAGGAUGCGCGUCUACGUCAAAAGCUUAAGGAGGAGCGCGAGAUGGAGGAGUUCAUUGAGUGUACCUUUACUCCUAAGACCCACGGCAGGUCCAAAAAUCGGACCUCGGAGGAGGUGCUACGCAUCUUGAAGCCCCUCAUAGGUGAGGAGGAACGUAUUCUUCAGGAGUUAGCUCGUAUUGACAACGAAGAAGAGGCCAUGAUACAGCAGUUGAGCAUUGGUUUGAGGCGCCAUAUUGCUAUUACCCAGGGUUGUGAGACUGAGCAGCUAAUUCAUCUCUGCGAGCAGUAUCGUGAGGAGCGCCUUAAGGAAAUAUCCAAAGUGAAGAACCUUAAGCUUGAUGUUGUUGGUCUUUUGCAUGAAGUUGAGCGCAAGUUUAACCUCAUUUGCGUCAAGGAGGGCUUGACUGAGGAUGACACUGAGCGUGCUGGCUUUAGCAUUGAAUCUUGCCGGCGUAUAAAGAAGGAGAUCCUCGAAUCAAUAAAGGGUGUAGACACGUUGAAGGACCGUUCUAAAGUGACAUCUGAGAUUGAUGCCAUUAUACGUAAAGCCAAAGAGGACGUUGAAAGGCAUCGUAUACAGAUGCUUAACAACCAAUUCGUACACCGCUCAAUGGGUGCAAAGAUGCCCAUUCACCCUCGUAAUCAAUUGCCAUUUGUACCGCAGGUACCUUAUAUGGCAGUUAACCCACGGGUUCCUUUUAGGGCUCCCGCUAUGAAUCAGAACGCUCCGCAGAUAUUCUAUCCUCAAGGUGUGCCACAGGUGCCCAACGCCCAGCCUGGCACUCUCAAAUACCUCCACCAGCCGGUGAAUCAAAUUAGGGGAACGCAGGAUGCAUCUAUGGUACAACCUGUUUUCUCAGGUGGGUUAAACCAGUUUGUCAACGCCAACACAAUGCAACCGCGGCAACCGGUUAUGCUACAACGUAACGUAGGACGUAAAUUAGUACAAUAGUGAUCUCUAAUCCACGCGCAUGGGCAUGCGUAUGGGAUCG